CAAAAACGUUGUUAAUGGAUGCUUCGAUCUAUGCCACCUUCAGUUUCAAAGAAAUCUCAUAGAAAACAAGCCCAAUCCCCAUCCUUUUUCUUCUGGGGUUGCUUGUGUGGAAGGAAUUUAGAAUCUGCCACAUUGCCUAGGGUUUUAAAAAGAUCUAUUUUUUUUUUGUUUGAGGAGAGUUUCAUGGGUUGAACUCAAAGAAUAAUGGGUAGCUUAAGAGAAGACGAAGAAUGUUCAUUUUUUGAUGCUCACGACCGCAUUUCGACAAUGCCUGGUUUAAAUUCUUAUUACACAGAGAUACACCACUCAGAUUCUGGUUUUCAUAAUACGUCUGUCAGUAGUUUCCAAUAUGAUGUAUGGAUUAAUAGCCCGCCGAGUGUCGAGGAACGGCGUAGUAAAUUCUUGCAUUGGAUGAGAUCGAGUUUAGAUCGAGUUUCUCCGGAAAAUUCAGUAGAUGCACCUUGUGGUGGAGGGGAAUUCGAAAGGGUAGUGGAAACUAGUGAUGCCGUUUUGAGAACAUCUGGCUUUGAAGAGGUGUUUUCUUCUAGCCGGUCUUCCAUGUCUUGUUGGUCUAAUGAUAAUUUUGAUUUGUUUGGACAGUCGAGUUCAGGAGAUAAAUUUGUGUGCAGAGAAGGAAACGAGGGUGCUUUGUUUGAUGUUGAUGAAGUGCAACAGGUUGAGAAGGCUAGUGAGGGUUGGGAAAUGAAUGAAGAACAAUUGGUAACCAACAAGAAAUCCGAGAGCCCUUGUCUAAAAUCACCCUCUAUUCUACCAAUUAGGGACAACGAAGUUGAGAAGCAGAAUAAAUUAGAGAGAACAGCAAAGAAAGUUAAAAACAGGUGGUUGAGUAGAUUGCGUUCAAUAUCUUGUAUGGUGGAUACACAGGUUGAAGAUAAUCGAUUGAGACUGGAUGGAGAUGAUUCAAUGUUGGGGACUAAGGUUCAGAGAGUUAAGGUCCACCAGAAAAGGAAGAAAACAAAGGAACUUUCCGCUCUCUAUAAGGGACAAGAUAUCCAGGCCCAUGAAGGUACAAUUUUGACAAUGAAGUUCAGUCCCAACGGGCAAUACUUAGCGAGUGCUGGUGAAGAUGGUGUUGUGAGAGUCUGGCAAGUGGUGGAAGAUAAGAGAUGCAAUGACCUUGACAUUCCAGAAAUAGAUCCUUCAUGCAUGUACUUCACAGUGAAUCAUCUUUCCGAGUUGAAACCCCUCUUUGUAGAUAAGGAAAAAGCAGGAAAUUUAAGGAGCAUGAGAAAAACUUCUGAUUCAGCAUGUGUUAUCUUCCCUCCCAAAGUUUUCCGGAUAUUGGAGAAACCAUUACAUGAGUUCCAUGGGCAUGAUGGUGAUAUCCUGGAUCUCUCGUGGUCAAAGAAAAAUUGUCUGCUGUCUUCCUCUGUUGAUAAAACCGUUCGUAUGUGGCAAGUCGGAUCUGACCAUUGCCUAAGAGUGUUUGCUCAUAGUAAUUAUGUAACAUGUGUUCAAUUUAACCCUGUGGAUGACAAUUACUUCAUUAGUGGUUCAAUAGAUGGAAAAGUGCGCAUUUGGGCAAUUUCUAGCUGCCAGGUUGUUGACUGGUGUGAUGUAAGAGAUAUAGUUACAGCAGUUUGUUAUCGUCCGGAUGGACAGGGAGGAAUUGUUGGCUCAAUGACAGGCAGCUGCCGGUUUUACAAUGUGGCAGACAAUCGUUUACAACUGGAUGCUCAUAUAUACUUAACUGGGAAGAAGAGGUCACCUUGCAGAAGGAUAACUGGCUUGCAGUUUUUACCACAAGAUUCAAGCAAGGUAAUGGUUACUUGUGCUGAUUCUCAAGUCAGAAUUCUUCAAGGACUCAAUGUGAUCUGCAAAUACAAGGGAGCAUGUAACGGUGGUAACCAGGCAUUCGCAUCAUUAACUCCUGAUGGGAAGCAUAUUGUUUCAGCUUGUGAAGAUGCAAAUGUGUAUGUAUGGAAUUGUGUUGACCAGGAUGAACAAUCACGUCCUCGUGCUAAAGAUGUAAGAUCUUUUGAGCGAUUCUUUGCUAAUGCAUCCAUUGCAAUUCCAUGGUGUGGCAUGAAAAGUGAGAAUGCUGAAAAUGGAAGGCAAUUUGAAGUAUUGAAUGAAAAUUUACCCGAUAACUUUCCAUUUUCAUCGCCAUCGCAUUUCUCUUUGAGCCAUGAAUACUAUAUAGAGUCUUUUCCCAAGGAAUCUGCAACUUGGCCAGAGGAAACACUUCCUCCAUCGACCGUGUCAUCUUCGAUGCAUAAAUCCCAGUACAAGUUUCUGAAAUCUUCUUGCCAGAAUACAUUUAAAUCCCAUGCAUGGGGUCUUGUUAUGGUGACAGCUGGUUUGGAUGGAAGAAUUAGAUCCUUCCUCAAUUAUGGUUUACCAGUACCCGUGUGACAAUAAAGCCGGUUUCGCAGAUACUUCAUUGAGCUUGAAUAGGCUGACAAGUGACCUCUAGAUGUGAAAGCAUCAACUGCCAUGGCUUGCUCAGGGCAGCAUGUUUGAUGGUCACGCGCAGUUCAGAUCGAUUGUUGAGAAUCUGUGGUUUCAUGUCAGUAGUCUGCAACCAAAUUUGGUUGCAACUAGUGGCUGUGUUGUAUGGUUUACGACAAUCUUUCUUGGAGCGAGUGACCAAGGUCAGUUUAUCCGAAUACCCUCCAAGUUAAUUGUAUGAUUGGUUGAUUUGUUAUUACUAGACAUAUUUGCCUACCUGCCCUGGAAUGGAUUUCUCAAGUUGUUUUUGAGAGAAGGCAAUAGAGAUCUUAUCACAUAUAUCGGAGGUUUCCGUGGUUGGAGGGGCCUUGUCAACCGGCUUCUUUCACGUGUUAAACUGGAGUGGAGUUUAACCAGGACCAUCUGUUGGCCGAUUCGAACGAUUGAAUUCGUUUGUCCUUUAUUCUGGGUCUGGCCUCAUGGUCAUGGAGUUGGAACUUACCCGGCUAUAUUUUCCUCGAAGCGAAUCUCUGCCAACCAUAGUGCUAGACUGCACCAUUUUUGAUGCAUUGCAAAGCACAUUGCCGACAAUUCCUUUCACGGACCGCCGGUUCUGGGCCCAUCUGCAGACUAAUAGCCGUGAUCGACAGAUGAAAACACUAAUAUAGCUUCAUCGAAACUCAAUCUGCUAACACAAUUCGUUGAUAUUUAUACUAACACACCCAAAAGAGUUGUAUGCAACAUGUA